AGAGAUUCCGAACCGACCUGGUCCUGGAGGCCCCCCUGAUUUUGGAUGCUCUCUGAUCCUCCCCCCCUCUGGGAAGGUAACAGCGAGCCGUACCAUCUGCAGCACACAGCAGCUAUGGGAGGUUACGACUGACAGUUUUCAUGAGACUGGCUUGUGAGAGUGCGCGUGUGUCUGGGUGUGCGCGUGUGAGUGUGGCUGCCUGCGUUUGCGUGGACGAGUGUGUGUGUGUAUGUGUGUGUGUGUGGCAGCGUGUGUGUUGGUGUGGCACCCAAAGCAGGUAUAGCCUGCAGGAGGAGGUUUCGACAGUGUGCCAAGAUUCCUCUUAUACUUGGCAUCACGCUGGGUAGCCCCCCAGUUUCCACCACCACCCUUUCCUCCUCCGCUCGCUCCUCCUUCUCCUGCCUUGGAUGAGUUUUGGCUUACUUUUUGGCGGAGUCUCUUUGGACACGUUUUUGGGUUUUUUGGCUGGUGUUGGACGAUCAGAUACAUGGAACCUUUGAACACUGAUUAUUGUUCUCCUUUGUGACUUACAAAAAGAAGAAGGAGAGGAAGAAGGGCAGUGUCGUGCAAGACAAGCCUGAGGAUAUUCCAUGUUCCUGAGUGAACUUUGAGGACCCCCCCCCACACACACACAAGAAGAAACCCAAUGAAGUGUUUGCUGUCAUUAUCCCUAUUUGAUGAAGAGGAUACUGAGGCUCAGAGAGAAUUAAUAACUUGUCCAAGAUCAUCUAACGUUGAGUAAUCAAGAGUGAAUGACCUGAAGCCGGACCGGUGGUUUCUGAAAGGAAAUUUAUGGAGACAGAGCUGUAGCAGAAAUGAUUCUCUGUGUUGUGAAACUACAAGAUCCCUCGGUGAGAGUGGAGCCCAGUAAGCCGGAGCAGUGUCUGAUCCACUGACGUGUGAGUUACAAGAAGACUGGGAAUAGGCUGUGCAGACGAACACUAUGAAAACAUCCUGAAGCUACUUUGGAGUCUCAGUCAAUUAACUGGAUUCAGGUUUCACAAACCAGAAAACUGGUCCAUAGACAAUUUGCUACAGUGAGCUUAAAAGAAGAGCCCAAGAAACAGCUAAGAUUGCAGAACUCUCUGGGACAGAGAUUCCAUCUCUAGAAGACUCGAGCGUAAUAUCAAGGUCAGCAGAGGAGAACUCUCCAGACGGGUUUCAAAGCAGUGACCUUUCUGAAGCAGAUCGCCAGGCUUGUCUUCCAAGGGCCCAUGGGUGUGAAGCAGCAGCAUCUGCAGAAAUCCGGAGCACUUCUUUAAUAUUGGGAUAUUCUCAGGAAGUUCAGGACCUUUUGGAGAAAUUUUGGACAGAUUUCACAUAAUUGGCAAUGGAUUGGUACUAUUGGAACUCCAGAAGGACCAACACCAGAUAAAUUAUGAAUGUUGAACAAGAUGACCUUACAUCCACAGCAGAUAAUGAUAGGUCCUAGGUUUAACAGGGCCUUAUUUGACCCCCUGCUUGUGGUGCUGCUGGCUCUCCAACUUCUUGUGGUGGCUGGGUUGGUGCGGGCCCAAACCUGCCCUUCCGUCUGCUCCUGCAGCAACCAGUUCAGUAAGGUGAUCUGUGUUCGGAAAAACCUGCGCGAGGUUCCAGAUGGCAUCUCGACCAACACUCGGCUGCUGAACCUCCACGAGAACCAAAUCCAGAUCAUCAAAGUGAACAGCUUCAAGCACUUGAGGCACCUGGAAAUCCUACAGCUGAGUAGGAACCACAUCAGAACCAUUGAAAUUGGGGCCUUCAAUGGUCUGGCGAACCUCAACACUCUGGAACUCUUUGACAAUCGUCUGACGACCAUCCCGAAUGGCGCUUUUGUAUAUUUGUCUAAACUGAAGGAGCUCUGGUUGCGCAACAACCCCAUUGAGAGUAUCCCUUCUUAUGCUUUUAACAGAGUCCCUUCUUUGCGCCGGCUGGACUUGGGGGAAUUGAAAAGGCUUUCAUACAUCUCAGAAGGUGCCUUUGAAGGUCUAUCCAAUUUGAGGUAUUUGAACCUUGCCAUGUGCAAUCUCCGGGAAAUCCCUAACCUCACCCCACUUAUCAAACUGGAUGAGUUGGAUCUUUCUGGGAAUCACUUGUCUGCCAUCAGGCCUGGCUCUUUUCAGGGGUUGAUGCACCUUCAAAAACUGUGGAUGAUACAAUCCCAGAUUCAAGCGAUUGAAAGGAAUGCCUUUGAUAACUUGCAGUCGCUGGUGGAGAUCAACCUGGCACACAACAAUCUAACAUUGCUGCCUCAUGACCUCUUCACGCCCUUGCAUCACUUAGAGCGGAUCCACUUACAUCACAAUCCUUGGAAUUGUAACUGUGAUAUCCUUUGGCUCAGCUGGUGGAUCAAAGACAUGGCCCCCUCCAACACAGCUUGUUGUGCCAGGUGUAACACCCCUCCCAAUCUCAAAGGGAGGUACAUCGGAGAGCUCGACCAGAAUUAUUUCACCUGCUAUGCUCCUGUGAUUGUGGAGCCCCCAGCAGACCUCAACGUCACGGAAGGCAUGGCAGCCGAGCUGAAAUGCCGGGCCUCCACGUCUCUGACCUCGGUGUCUUGGAUCACUCCCAAUGGAACCGUCAUGACCCACGGGGCUUACAAAGUGAGGAUAGCUGUGCUCAGCGACGGCACGUUAAAUUUCACGAAUGUAACCGUGCAAGAUACAGGCAUGUACACGUGCAUGGUGAGUAAUUCCGUUGGAAAUACCACCGCUUCAGCAACCCUGAAUGUCACUGCAGCCGCCACUACUCCCUUCUCGUACUUUUCCACCGUUACCGUCGAGACCAUGGAACCUUCUCAGGAUGAAGCUCGGACCACAGAUAACAACGUGGGCCCCACUCCACUGAUCGACUGGGACACUACCAAUGUGACCACCUCUCUCACGCCCCAGAGCACAAGGUCAACGGAAAAGACAUUCACUAUCCCAGUGACUGAUAUCAACAACGGGAUCCCAGGAAUUGAUGAGGUCAUGAAGACUACCAAAAUCAUCAUUGGCUGUUUCGUGGCCAUCACGCUGAUGGCUGCAGUAAUGCUGGUCAUUUUCUACAAGAUGAGGAAGCAGCAUCAUCGGCAAAGCCAUCACGCCCCCACCCGGACUGUUGAAAUAAUUAAUGUGGACGAUGAGAUUACCGGGGACGCACCCAUGGAAAGCCACCUGCCCAUGCCUGCUAUUGAGCAUGAGCACCUCAAUCACUAUAACUCUUACAAAUCUCCCUUCAACCACACAACAACAGUUAACACAAUCAAUUCAAUACACAGUUCAGUGCAUGAACCGUUAUUGAUUCGAAUGAACUCUAAAGACAAUGUACAAGAGACUCAAAUCUAAAACAUUCAUAGUUACAGAAAACAAACCAUCAAAAAAAAAGACAAUUUAUUAAAAAUGACACAAAUGACUGGGCUAACUCUACUGUUUCAAAAAAGUGUCUUUACAAAAAAAAACAAAAAAGAAAAGAAAUUUAUUUAUUAAAAAUUCUAUUGUGAUCUAAAGCAGACAAAAUUAUGUGUAUUCCUCAGAACCUGUUUUUGCUGCACUUAUUUACUAUUUUCCCACAUUUCCUCCCUCCCUUCCCUGAUUGCCAUAUUUUUCACAAGAGAUCUCAAUUCCCUAAAGACCUGGUCUAGGAAAUUUUGUAAGAAUUCUGUUACACUUUGAGAUUUUUAUGGUGAAUUCUAGUGGUGAGAUCCAGUCUAUUUUGUCUCUCUUCUUUUUGCUUUUUUUCCCCUCAUGCCAUUAUGAAGUAGUCCAAUGGGGAAUGCAAUAUUAGACAUAGAUUUUUAAGAGAGAACAAGGGAAAAUGCAAGAUCUUAUAUUUUUCAUGUAAUAACCUGUUCUGUAUUUAUGAGGAGGACCAUUCUAUGGAAAAGAAAAAGAAAAAAAAAGUAAGCAAACAGAUUAAUUUACAUAAGUAUCUAUAAAACCCAUGAUCUUUUAAACAACUCUAGAACCAGAAUUUGUAGUUCAAAUGCUAAAAAUAAGAUUAUAAAUAAAAUAUUGUUGGUUUUUCUGUACUUGGGCAAAACUCAUUUGUAGUGUAACUCAAAUGUGAGAAAUUUGAAGGUGGCCAAUUGCUUCCUUUCCAAAAAAAGGAAAUACUACAGUUUUCUUCAUUCACGGCAUUAAUUUCUUCAGGGCCCUUUUUUGUUGUUGUUAGUUGAGUUUUCAAUCUAUAUUCAAGGAUGCUGUAGUAUUUCCCCCUCCUCUUUAGGGGUAA